AGCUUUGAGAUCAGCCUGUGCUGUGGAGACUCUGAUGUAUCACCAGCUGAUGUUGCCGUCGAACUCCAGGCAAGAUUUUCCGAUCAGCAGUUUGUCCGAAAUGCUUUUGUCUCUGGAGAAUGGGGAGAGGAGGAGACUUCGAUUCCAUAUUUCCCCUUCAUCCCAGACCAGCCAUUUAGGCUGGAGAUGCACUGCGAAUACCAGCGAUUCCGUAUAUUUGUCGAUGGGCACCAGCUCUUUGAUUUUCACCAUCGUGUCUCUGACUUGUCAGGAAUUGAUAAGAUAAAAAUCUUUGGUGAUUUGCAGCUGACCAAACUGGGUUAGGAUAUUUUUGGGAUUGUCAGGAGGAACUGUGACGUUUUCUAUCAAUUGGUGAAACUCUCGCCGUCACACUGCAUGGCAGUGCCAGCUGGGUCUGAGCUGCCUCAGUGUCAGGCUCCAUUGUCUACUGUUCCAGAGGAAACAUGGAACCAUUGUUCAGGUGUUGGCAGUGUAACUGAUUUGGGAAUUGUCCACUUGGGGUAGAAAUUGGGGGAAGCACUCAGGACGGGAGUAAAUUCCAAUUCAAGACGGCUCCGAGACUGCCAGCAUAAUUUAUUCUGAUUGGUCUGGGAGUGGGACAUCUACACAAAGGGGUGGGGUGGGAGGAUAAGGGUAUUGAAUGGAGUAAUUUUUGUGUUGUUUAUACCAUGCACUACAGUCUUUGCACUGAAAUGACAGCACAACUCAUUAAUAAAUAUAUAUUUUAAAAAAAAGGACAUAACUAGUCAGGGUAUUGUCUGGACUGUAAACAGGUUUUGUAGAAUGUAACAUGGAUGGUGUGGUUUGUGUUAUAUAUGACACUGGAUACUUAUUUAUAUUCAUCAUUUCUUUUAGUCUUAAAGAAGCAUUAACCAUUGGAAUGUUAGCAAAUGAUUGUAUUAGAUAGUUAAUCUAGUUAGAAUCUGUAAAUUACAGAUAUAUUUCUUGAUACUCAUAACUUAUUAAUAAUUUUAUUGAUUGGAAGCAAUGAAACAGGUGUUCCUGUCAAUAAUAAUUUCUAAAAUAUAACUGCAUAAUCUGUAAUGUUCGUCAUAAAGAUCUUAUUUCUGGGAAAUAUCUUGCAGUUUCUGCUUCAAUAUGUUUUAAAUUAAUCUGCUAAACUGAGCUUUUUCUUAGAGCGAUUGGUAUCAGCAGGAACUGUAUUUUCUAUUGGUUAUUGUAAUUUACAUAAUGUUUCACAAAAUAAAAGUUUCUAAAUGUAAAACAA